ACCCACGUCUGGGACUGGAGCUUGACACUUCUUAUAACUGAGUAGGCAUGACUCAGAUCGUUGAUAGUGAGACAGUUUCUGCUGCAGCAACUUCCCCGGAAUCCCCAGUCAAGCAUAGUGCUCUGACAACAGCGGGGGCAGCUGUACCUCAGCCAGGUGCGACGCCCACUGUACUGGAGAAUAUACCAGGCCCAGAACCAACACCUGCUCUGAGCGCGCCCAGCGCCGUUGAGGCUACGCUGGAAGAUGACAUGGAACCACAGAAUCCGUUAACGGAGAAAUUCACUGAGGCUGAGUGGAAAGCUUUGAAGGAAUUUCGCUCUGCUCUGCCUGAAACCUUCAAGGAGGCCUUUCCAGAGCAGGAUGAUGCUGGGUCCACGUCAUACAACUUGUGGGGUGUCACCAUCAACCCACUGAAACCUAAGGAUGCCCGCGUCAGCGUCAUACUAAUGAAGUUCCUUCGUGCCAGGAAUCUCAGUCCUGCGGAGGCUAAGGACAUGCUCAUCUCGACUUUGCGAUGGCGCAAGUCUUUCAAGGUCGAUGAGGCUAUGAAGGAAAAGUUUCCAGAGGACGUGUUUGGAAAGCUUGGAAGAACAUAUGGAAAGGAUAAGGAUGGACAUCCCAUUUCGUACAAUCUAUACGGCGCCAGUAAGGAUCUGGAUGCCGUCUUCAGUGAUACACAGCGCUUUCUAAGAUGGCGUGUUGCUUUUAUGGAAGAAAGCAUAACCCUACUUGACUUUGAGACUAUAGACCAAAUGGUCCAGAUCCACGAUUACGAAGGUGUAAGCAUGUCGAGUAGAACACAGGCCUCCAAAAAUGCAGCAUCCGAAGCAUCCAGUAUAUUCCAGGGCCACUAUCCUGAGUUCCUGGCGAGAAAGUUCUUUGUCAACGUUCCUAGCUUUCUUACUUGGAUUUUCUGGAUAUUCAAGCCGUUCCUGUCAGCUGCAACAGUGGCGAAGAUGAGUGUUGUUGGUUCCGGUCCCAAGGUCAUCGGAACCACCCUUCUACCUCUGAUCUCUGCCGACCAGUUGCCAAAGAGGUACGGUGGGGAUGCUGAUGGAUUCUAACCGAGAGAACGAGCCUAUGAACGCGUGUACGAUUGAAAGCGUUUCAAAUCCUUAUGCACCAGCCACACUGUAUUUCAUAUUCCACAUAUCCAAUUCAGAUCUCGACUCCAGU